AUGUAUGUGAUUGACAUUGUUAAUAUGCUACUUUGUGGGACAAGGUUUGUAAAGGAUGAGAACUCUUUUAUUAUUAUUAUGUAUAAAAUGAUGAUUUUCAUGGGGCAUGAGGAUUGCAAAUGUGCGUUCGUGAAUGGCAAAGUCUGCAACGACCCAAAGCUUGCCACAGCCGAUGACUUCUUCUUUUCCGGCCUCUUGACUCCUCAAAACACAUCAAACCCAGUUAGGUCGAAGGUCACUCCCGUAAACAUUAUGCAAAUAUUAGGUCUCAAUACUCUUAGCAUUUCCUUAGCUCGUAUUAACUUUGCACCUUAUGGCCUCAACCCACCCCAUACGCACCGUCAUGCAACUGAGGUCAUUGUGGUCUUGAAAUGUACUCUCUACAUCGGUUUUGUGACCUCCAACACUGACAACUGUCUCUUCAUAAAGGUCUUGUACCCAGGAGAUGUUUUUGUGUUCCCACAAGGUCUUAUUCACUUUCAAUUUAAUAAUGGAAAGACUAAUGAGGUAGCUCUUGCUGCCCUAAGUUGCCAAAAUCCGAGAACUAUUAUUGUUGCUAAUGCGAUGUUCGGGUCAAAUUCAAGGAUUUUUUAUGAUGUUCUUGCUGAGGCAUUCCAAGUGGACAAGAAGGUGGUAGACUAUCUUCAAGCUCAAUUUUGGUGGCCCAACAACUAG